UCGGACCGAGAUGUUGAGAAAUUUCAGCGCGUCGGCAAUGAAAACGCUCGAGCAUAAGUGAAAAUCGUAAGGAAAACGUGAAAACAUAGUUGACAAAUACCAGUGUGUGAUUUUCUAACAAAUGUGCUAAAUUAAAACGAUUUGUGAUGGUUUUUCGCGGUUAAAUCAUGUUUUUGCUGCCACAUUGGUACUAACGACGCCGUCGCACUCGCACUCGCGCUCUCUCGUUCUCUCUGUGACCGCUCUCUCCCUGUCUUUUGUUUGGCGUUUGCUUUGUGCUGGUCGUUCGCAGAGAUUGUUUACGAAUUGCGGUGUGUGAUAGAAAAGCAAGAAAUCGCGAAAAUUGCAUCAAUUCGAAUGGAAUCCGCUGGAAAAACAGCGAAUAUGAGCAGAAAAACACUGUUGCUAUCUCUGCUGACGCUGGCAGCGCUGCUGCUGAGCUCUGGCAGAGGCGUCGCGGGACAUUUGAAUGUCUUCCUGACCGUGGAAGUGAUGCGAUUAUUGGGUGUCUCUGCAGAGGUUUAUUACGUUCGCGAGGGACUCAUCAACAACUAUGCCUUGAACUUUAUUGUACCCGUUCCGGCGAAUGUCAAGGACAUUAGCUUCACCUGGCAGUCACUGGCGGGACGGGGAUUGCCUUAUAGCAUCAAUGUGGUCAGCUCGGAUCUGGAGGUGCUGCCACGACCGGCGAUCAAUGUGUCGCACAGCGGCGAGAUCCCCACCAGCAUCCAGACCUGGGCCAUUGCCCUCAAGUGCACUGGACUGAAGGCCGCCGAGGUGGAUGUCACUGUCAGCCUGGAGGUGGUGCUAAAUCGGUCACUGAACAAUGUGACCCACCUGGUGUUUCGGCGCAAGAAGAUCUGCCUUGUGAAUGACAGUGCCGAGGAUCCCACGGAGGAUGUGGACGAUCCCCAGCUGUUGGAGACUGUAAUGUUGCCGCCCACUGGCCUGAUCACCCUGGUAGUGGGUGUGUCUGUGGCCAUGGGAUCGGUAUGCUGUCUCCUGAUGAUUGCCUACUGUAUCCGGGGAGCGGCCAACAAGAGGCAGCAUCACCAGCACGGUGGACAGCCCAUGAGGACGUCCAGUUUCCAGAGACUGAACACCCAUCCGCCUUGCCAGUCCUCCAUGGGAUCGGCUGCGUACAUGACACCCUCGAUCAUAGCCCCCGUGCAUGGUUCCUCCCUGCCGCGUAAGGUGCCCGUGUCUGUGGAGCAGCAGCAUCCCGAGGAGCUGCAUCGUCGCAUCUCCGAGCUGACCGUGGAGCGUUGCCGGGUGCGGCUGUCUAGCCUCCUGCAGGAGGGAACCUUUGGGCGUGUGUAUCGUGGCACCUACAACGACAACCAGGAUGUCAUAGUGAAGACAGUGGCCCAGCAUGCCAGCCAGAUGCAGGUGCUCCUGCUGCUCCAGGAGGGAAUGCUGCUGUACGGAGCCUCGCAUCCCGGAAUACUCUCCGUCCUGGGCGUCUCCAUUGAAGACCACACCACACCCUUCGUCCUCUAUCCGGCUCUGAAUAAUACCCGCAACCUAAAGCUAUUCCUCCUCGAUCCGGCCUGCGCCCGCACCGUGACCACCAUUCAGAUUGUGAUGAUGGCCUCGCAGCUGUCCAUGGCCCUGGAUCAUCUGCAUAGCCAUGGAGUGGUGCACAAGGAUAUAGCCACCAGGAACUGUGUCAUUGACGAUCAGCUGCGGGUUAAGCUGUCGGACAGCUCACUGUCGCGCGACCUCUUCCCCUCGGACUACAACUGCCUGGGGGACAGUGAGAACCGGCCGGUGAAGUGGAUGUCACUGGAGGCACUGCAGCACAAACAGUUCUCCGAGGCCAGCGACUCGUGGGCCUUUGGGGUGCUGAUGUGGGAGCUGUGCACCUCGGCCAAGCAGCCCUACGCCGAGGUGGAUCCCUUCGAGAUGGAGCACUACCUGAAGGAUGGCUAUCGUCUGGCCCAGCCCUUCAACUGCCCCGAUGAGCUGUUCACGAUCAUGGCCUAUUGUUGGGCCCUUCUACCUGGCGAGCGCCCGACCUUUGCCCAGCUGCAGUCUUGCCUCUCCGAAUUCUAUUCACAAAUCACGCGCUAUGUCUAGGAUGGUGAUCCCAAGGGGUUCCGCUCUUCUGAAGAGUGCAGAGGUCCCUCUAGGACCUUACCCAAAAACAUAAAAAAAAGUCCUGUAGAUUACUCGCAUUUGUUUAAACGUUAGCGUUCCCAUCAUCUGUACAUAUAGUUAAAAUAUUCAGCUCUUUAGGUACUUAUCUCUAAGCUUAUUCUAUGACACACUAAACAUCUUUCACAAAAAUUAUGUAGAACACACAGUUUUCACCUAAUAUCCAACACAUCUAGAUAAAGCCCGAAUUCCGAAAUCAAAUAUAGUGAUAUUUAUCAAUAGACUUAGUUGUACCGUAUACGUAAGUUUUAACAAACACAUAAUAUACAUAUUUAUGAAGCAUAUUCUAUACAUGUUUAGCAUUUCGACAAUUUACCGUUUAUAUAUAUAUG